UUGCAGUAAUUCAACGGCAAAGACAGAACUGUGUAAUCAUAAUGCUCCCUCUAUCUCUCUUUCAUUAAUGGAGGACAGUGUAUAAUUAGUAUGUAUAUAUCUCCGCUUAAUUACACAAAAGAAAAAUCCAUGCGCAUUAUUUUUGUUAUUAUUAGCUCAGAAAUGCAGAAAUUGUUCAUCUCUUCCUUCUGCAUAUUGUUAUUGGUUUUUUUCAAACUAGUUGGAGCAAGCCAAUAUGUAUGCCCGGAAUCCGAGUGUGGCGAUGAUCAAGGCCCGGCUGUCAAUUUCCCAUUGCGCAUCAGCCGCACACAUCAUUGUGGAAAUCCUGGGCUUGAAUGCAAUGGGAGGUAUGAGCAGCAAAUACUAGUUAAAUUAUUUGUCAAACACAUAGAUUACAAGCGUCAGGAAAUCCAAGUGUAUUCCCCAAGUAACUGCCUGCUGCUAAAGCCUGUCGAAAUCACAAACAUAGAGUACAAGCGUCAGGAAAUGCUAGUGCAUCCCCCAAUUAACUACUUGUCAUAUUUUAGCUUCAGUAACGUUACCUUAUUCAGUUGUCCUACUUCUGUUGUAAGAGAUACGAAUGCGUAUCAAGUCCCUUGCCUCGGCGACCCUGGCAGCAGAAUUUAUGCCAUUGAUUCUACAUAUCUAUUAAAAAAUCUCUUCCAGAAUCUACAAUCUUGUUCAAAGAUGUAUGAUGUCUUAUCAGUUCCGUUUGGCAAUUGGGUGGGUAAUGGCCGUGUUCUUCAAUUCAAAUGGUCGAAACCAAAUUGUACAGAAUGUGAAGCAGAGGGAAAGAGGUGUAGAUGGAAGAACAAUGGCACCAACAGUGAAAUUGAAUGUCAACACGUGAGGAAACCAAGCAACACAUGGAAAUUAGUGGUUACAGGUGGAAUCCUGGGUUCUUUGCUUCUUGUUCUACUGAUGAUUGCAGCAUAUCGGGUAUAUAGCGCUGACAGAAAGGAAAAAGAGAGUCAAUUAAGAAUUGAAAGAUUCUUGGAGGAUUACAAAGCACUCAAACCAAGCAGGUAUUCGUACGCAGAUAUUAAGAGGAUUACAAAUCAAUUCAAGGACAAGUUGGGCGAAGGAGCCUAUGGAACUGUCUUCAAAGGAAUGCUCUCUUCUGAAUUCUUUAUUGCUGUCAAAGUCCUCAACAGUUCCAAGGGAGAUGGGGAAGAGUUCGUAAAUGAAGUGCGAACGAUGGGUCAUAUCCACCACAUCAAUGUGGCUCGCUUGGUUGGAUUUUGUGCUGAUGGAUUUAUACGUGCUCUUGUUUACGAGUUCUUCCCCAAGGGUUCCCUGCAGGAUUUCAUUUCAUCCGCAGAUAGUAAGAAUUCCUUUCUUGGUUGGGAUAAGCUGCAAGAUAUUGCCCUAGGCAUAGCCAAAGGAAUUGAAUAUCUUCACCAAGGAUGCGAUCUACGAAUCCUGCAUUUCGAUAUCAAACCCCAUAAUGUGUUGCUGGACCAAAACUUCACUCCAAAAAUUUCUGAUUUUGGUUUGGCCAAGUUAUGUUCCAAGGAUCAAAGCUUGGUGUCCAUGACUACAGCGCGGGGGACCAUGGGCUACAUUGCACCCGAAGUGUUCUCCAGGAAUUUUGGAAAUGUGUCUUACAAGGCAGAUGUCUAUAGCUUUGGAAUGCUGCUACUUGAGAUGGUAGGAGGAAGGAAGAAUAUUGGUUCAACCACAGAUAACACUACAAAUGAAAUUUACUAUCCACAGUGGAUUUAUAAUCUUCUAGAGGAAGGGGAUGACCUACGAAUCCAUAUUGGGGAAGAAGAAGAUGGUAAAAUUCCAAAGAAACUUGCAAUUAUAGGACUGUGGUGUAUCCAGUGGCACCCAUCGGAUCGUCCUUCCAUGAAAACAGCGGUUCAAAUGUUAGAAGGAGGAGGAGAUAGCUUGACCAUGCCGCCUAAUCCCUUCAUGCCUGCAGGUCCUACAACUAGAAAUGCAAGACGCCUAGAGCUAGAAGCAAUUGCUGAAUUAGAGUAAAAUGUAUACAAAAAUGUAUAGUAACAUUCGCAUUGAAUGUGUAAUGAUUCAAACCUAAGAGAUAUUUUGAGAACCA